UAGCAUAAUAGCUUCCCACAACUAGCUAUUGAAACCCAAAAUACGGUCCAUUGAUCAAUCCAAUGGAGCUCUGUGGCCUGAAGAGGCAGUGGGAAGGUUUGGACUCCGGCCGUGAGGGGCCGCUGUGCGGCGGGAGUGCACCUUGGCGCGGCGCGGCUCUCGGGGCUUCUCUGUCCGCCGCGCACUCUCGGUGUUUAAAGGGCCCUGACGGUGCAGCCGCCCCUUCGCCGGCGAUGGCCGGUGUGUCUCAGAGGGAGGUCCGGAAAGCAGCAGAUCGGCGGCAGAAGCGAGCGGCGGAGGAGCAGAGGGCCAGGAUCAAACUGGUCUCUACAAUUCUUCAAAAACCAGAAGAGCUACGAACAAAGGAUGACCUCACUCUGCUUUCAGCAUGUGUUGACACUGUGCAGGAGUUGGAAAAGCGAAAGCAGAAGACUGAGGCACGAAAGAGGAAACUAGAAGAAGUCAUAGAUGAACCUGAAGAAUUGAAGAGAAAAAUUAACCUACUCGCAGCAGCUAUUCAGGCAGCACAAUAUUUAGUGAUCUAUUCUGGCGCUGGAAUCAGCACGGCUGCAUCAAUCCCAGAUUACAGGGGCCCCAAUGGAGUAUGGACUUUAUUGCAGAGCGGUAGGACAGUGAGCACAGGAGACCUCAGUGAGGCAGAGCCCACGCUGACACACAUGGGUAUCACAAAACUUUACAAAGAAAAAUUGGUGCAACAUGUGGUGUCUCAGAAUUGUGAUGGGCUACAUUUACGAAGCAGUUUACCUAGGAAGGCACUUUCAGAACUGCAUGGAAAUAUGUAUAUAGAGGUUUGCACAUACUGCUCUCCGAACCGAGAAUACAUUCGUCUGUUUGAUGUUACUGAACGCACAUCACUACACAGGCACAAUACUGGAAGAAAGUGUCACAAAUGUGGCAAUGAACUGCGAGACACAAUUGUGCACUUUGGUGAAAAGGGAACACUGGAGCAGCCACUGAACUGGAAGGGGGCAGCUGAGGCAGCCAAGAAAGCUGAUGUCAUCAUUUGUCUUGGAUCCAGUUUAAAGGUUCUUAAAAAGUAUGCAUGCCUUUGGUGUAUGAGCCGAGUACCUCACAAAAGACCGAAACUGUACAUAGUAAACCUGCAGUGGACACCAAAAGAUGAUGUAGCUACACUGAAGAUUCAUGCAAAAUGUGAUGAUGUCAUGCAGCUGCUGUUGGAAGAACUUUGCCUUGAAAUUCCACACUAUGAUAGGUCAAAAGAUCCUAUUUUCAGUCUAGCUACUCAACUGAGGCCGGGGGAAGAAGAUAGUCAUAGUCGUAAACUACUAACCAAGGACAGCCCAGGAAGUGUGGGCUCCACUGUCUCAGGUGGUUGGUAUGGCAAAGGUUGUGCAAAAGGCAGAAGAAAGAAGAAAGUCUAAUCAGGGAAUCAUGAUGGUCAAUGUUUACAUCUUUAAUCUUUGUCCCCCUCCUUCCCCAUACAAACUCCAUCUUGGGGAAGGAACAGAAUCAAUAGCAGAUUUCUGCAAACCCUGAUGCCAGUACUGCAGGGACAGGAGGCUGUGCUGACUAUUUGACCAGAACAUCAUUUUCACAUAUCCAUAAGGUCCAGAAUGCCACCCCCUACCUCUGGACAUUGGUACCAGUCUGUUAGAUGAUCAGACUGUUACCAGAUCAGUUGGACUAUUAAAGUUCAAAUCUAGUGGGAUAAUGUUUUAAAAUCAUGUGACAUUUCAGUAUGAUGUGUAAUAAAAUGUUCCCAAGAAAUAGUUUUCAAACAGUAUUUACAUAGGGAGGAGUGACCCUUUUAACUUUAGACAAAGUAUUGACAGGACUCAGUGUUUGAUUAGGUCCCCUCACUAUCAAUGAGAAUGCUACUUCCUGUGCACGCUGUACUAAAAGCAAUAUUAAAGGUGCAUCAAUACCAAUGGCUAAAAAAAAAAUCUUCCACUGACUAUCAGAGAGAACUUUGCACAAAGUUAUUUUCAAGCCAUGUACUCUGGGUCUGUGGCAUACACCCUCUCCCUAUUUUUUCUGCAGUAAGAACACAAGGCGAAGAACAUGCAGUUUUCACCAGUUUUGCACUCACUCUAAAAUUUAAAAUAUCGCCAGUUAAUGUCCAACAUUGUUUGUUGCAAAAUAUACAAGGACCGAGUAGGAAGCCAGUGAUGUUCUAGAAGUUUUCAAUGCAGUCAGCUUAUCGUGCCCAAGAACCAGAAUGACUCAAGCAGAAGAUCUUGAUCUGCAACAGUAAACGUAUUUUUUUUCAACAUACAAAGUAGUGUAAUAAUGUCUCUCACCAGACUUGGUGACUUCCUUUAUAUAUCGGCUUGUUGCUUUUAUUGGGAACUAAGGACAUGGUCCACCAACUUAAGCACUGAAAUUAUAGCUGAGUGCCAAAGUAGCUUUUGUAAAUAUAAUAGUUUGUGUCAGAUGACAUAUACAAUUACAGUUCCAUCGGCAGAACACAAACUUUUAACCACUUUCCAUCAGUAAUGGCAUCAGAGCAGACAAAGCAGAAAACUUGUCUAUAGCUCUGGCGGUGCUCUGAAAGGUUAGUUUUAAAUUUUAAAAAAGAAAUAAGAUGAUAAAUCUCAAGUAUAUUUGCACUAAUAUAUAUUUCAAUUUACAAUGCCAUUUGUAUGUCUUUGUUUACUUUUAUUACACAUUUGGACUACUUUGUGAAUUUUCAAAACCACCACUUUUACACAGGGAUUUUUCUAGUGAUUGGUCGCUUUUCUAGUUUUACUAAUAUUGCUCAUUGUUAGAAACCUCUAGUAUGUUUCUUUAUGGUUUACUGUAAUGUUUCAAGCUAAGCUAUUGAUGGAUUGAUCAAUUAACAGCAACUUACUGUCUCUGCCUCACCUAAUGCAAUCCUUGGUUUUCUCUUCAGCAGUUCACUGAUACCCAAAUCAUACUGUCUGCAGCCAUUUAAUAGGGAUUAUGCAUGUAUUUCAUCAGAUUGAGCAAGGCACUUGCUAAUGAACAGAAACUUUAAAGUAAUACUAAAGAUAAUUUGCAAUGGGAGAGAAAGAUAUCCUUGUAAAAAUGUUCUAUUAAUAAGUUUAUCAAUACUGGAACAGGGUAGUGUAAAGAGGACUUUUUGAUAGUUUUUGUUUUGGAUGCCCAAGUCUUAAAAUUGCUUUGAAUGCUUCUGUGAGAUUAGGCAAAUCCCAGGGUCCAACAGUAUGAUAUCUUGGAGAAUAAGAAUUCUCCUUGAUCAUACUUUCUCUUUACAGUAUGCUUUUUUUUCAAAGAACUUCUGUUUCUCAGCUCUCUAUUGCCCUUUUUUUGUUUGUUCCAAAUCACAAUGGAAAAAUUGCUGUUUUAGGAUCAAUUUCUUAGCCAUGAGACAAUAUGGAAUGUUGUGGCUUAUUUUUAAUACAAUUUAAAUCUGUUUUUACACCUAAACCACAUGUAUAAAACGGGUAUUUUUUGUUUAGCUGUUAAAUAGAUUGAGUGUUGCUAUCCUGGCAGUUAAGGAACAAAUUGAGAGUCAAUAUAUCAAAAGUGAUUGAAUGGAUUAAAUGGUAAAUAAAGCAAAGUACUGCAAAUGCUCAACCUCUGAAAUAAAAAAAACAUUAGAUGUUUAAAUCUUGACAGUAAGUGAGUGGAUUGGAUGUCAAUAUCCUGGAAAUGAAUGAAUGGAUGAAUACACUGAGUGAUAUGUUGACAGUAGGCACUGCAUUGACUGGAAGUAUCCUGCCAGUGAUCAACUGGGAGAAUGUCUAUAUGAAAAGAUGCUGCUGUUUUUACCUGAUCCUGAGUCAUUUUGAAAACCCCUCUCUGGUGGGUGAAACCAUUCUGGCAAAACCUCAGUGUCUUCAUGCAUCUAAUAAUGCUGAGUGAAUUUGCUUUAUAGGUUAAAAAUGAUGAGGAAAUGCUUUGGCAAUGUCAGGAUGGGUUAUAGGCUGAUAUAUAGUUUAAUAGAAUCCUGGCCUCUGUCUUAAUGCAAUUCUGGGUUUGUUUUCCAGUCUUCUGGAAAGGUGGAAGUUGUUCAGCUGUCCAGCAUUAUCAAUCCAUGCUUUAAAAUAUGCAAAAAAAAAGUAAGGUUCAACAUAUAGUUGUAAAUUUAACACCUGAUUUUCUCUACUGGUGUAUCAUUGGUAAUGUGAUUCUUUCAUGUUUGUGUCACUUGAAAGGGUAAAAUUUUUCAAACAUGUGCCUACAGAGUCCCAAACAUAAUGUGCAUGAUGGGACUUCAUUUUACAGAAGCAAGAAAACUUGGUGAUAUUGCUGGGAGAUGAACAUACAAUUAAUGACUUGCUGGUAGCCCAACUGUGGUUGCACUUUAUUUGAUACAAGUUGUCAAUCAUAUUACAACUGUAAAUAUUUUUAAAUAAACAAUCCUAAAUGGAGAGCUUGCAUUCUU